ACAACCACUAGUUCUGCUGCCAUCUUGCUUCUUAUCCUCCUCCUCAGUAGUCUAGCAAGCACAAGCAUUGCCCAGAGGAGCAGGAACUCUGCAGGCAUGAAUGUGAUCGACCGGUGCCGGCGACGUCCCGAUUGGCGGAGGAACAGACAGCAACUGGCGACGUGCUCGGUGGGGUUCACCGGAAAGAUGACAAACAACAUGGGUAGGGGUGUGAGACAUUACACAGUGAAAGACCCCAGCGAUGACCCAUUGAAUCCCAAGCCUGGGACGUUGAGGUAUGGAGUGACAAAGAUGAGAGGGAAGCUGUGGAUAACCUUCCAAAGAGACAUGCAGAUCAAGCUCCAAAAGCCACUCCUGGUUAGCAGCUUCACAACCAUUGAUGGACGUGGCGCCAAUGUUCACAUAGCUGGUGGUGCAUGCUUCCUGCUCUAUGGCGUGACCAACGUUAUCAUUCACAGCCUCCGGUUCCACCAUUGCCGAUCUCAGGCUCCCGGUCCGGUGAUGGGCCCAGGAUCCAAGAUUGUGCAGUUAGGACAGCUAGAUGGUGAUGCAGUCCGCCUGGUUGGGUCCUCAAAGAUUUGGAUCGAUCACAACACCUUCUAUGAAUGUGAGGAUGGUCUGCUCGAUGUCACUCGUGGGUCUACUGAUAUUACUGUUUCCAACAACUGGUUCAGGAACCAUGACAAGGUGAUGCUUCUGGGCCAUGACGAUGGUUUUGUUCAGGACAAGAACAUGAGGGUGACAGUGAUCUUCAACCAUUUUGGUCCCAACUGCAAUCAACGAAUGCCAAGGAUCCGCCAUGGGUUUGCACAUGUUGCAAACAAUCUGUACCAAGGAUGGACACAGUACGCCAUUGGUGGAAGCAUGAACCCCAGCAUCAGAAGUGAAUCCAAUCUCUUCAUAGCUCCCAAAUCUGGAAAUAAAGCAGUGACAUGGAAGCAGGACAGCAGAGGUGAUGGGUAUUCAUGGAACUGGCAAUCUGUGAAGGAUGUUUUUAUCAAUGGGGCUUAUUUCAGACAAACAGGUAAGAGAGGAACAAUGCCGCGCUAUAACCGCCAACAGAGGUUCCCUGUUGCAGAUGCUAGAACUGUGAGGUCACUAACAAGAUCUGCAGGUGCCCUAAGAUGCUCCAGAAGUUGUUGA